CCCAAUCAGAAGGGAAGAGGAAUCAGGAGGUGACGACGCGGAUAGCGCCAAGAUGCCUGAGUGCGCAGGCGUCAGCUUUCCCGCCAAACGUCAUUUAAUACAUGACAAACUAUCGUUUUUGCUCCUCCUCACUCUUUGCUCUUAUCGUGCUAUCCACCACCCCCCUCCCCCUUUUGCGUCUUUUCCUUUCGUCACUUCGUUCCUUGCCGGUCAGCGCAGGCUCUCCUCUCAGGGUACAAUCCAAUUGCGCUGUUCGGAUUCGGGCCCACCGGCUCCCGCCGCCCAUAGUUAUCUGUUCCCCUGACCCCCGACAGUCAACAGGUCUGCAGCCGUCACAAUGAGUCGCACGGAGGCAGAUUUGGCGAUUAACAUUCGCAAAGCUACCAGCAUUGAGGAAACCGCUCCCAAACGGAAGCAUGUCCGGAGUUGCAUUGUGUAUACAUGGGAUCACAAGUCCUCUGCCGCCUUCUGGGCUGGCAUGAAAGUUCAACCGGUCCUUGCCGACGAGGUACAGACAUUUAAAGCCUUGAUAACGAUACAUAAGGUUCUGCAGGAGGGGCAUCCGGUUGUGGUUCGGGAGGCGCAGCAGCAUGCCAAUUGGAUAGACAGCUUGAUGCGUGGUGUGGGAGGCGAUGGUAUUCGCGGCUAUGGUCCUCUUAUCCGGGAAUAUGUAUUCUUCCUCGAAUCGAAGUUGACCUUCCACCGGAACCACCCCGAAUUUAACGGUCUGUUUGAAUACGAGGAGUACAUCAGUCUCAAGACGAUCAAUGAUCCAAACGAGGGUUACGAGACUAUCUCGGAUCUUAUGACUUUGCAGGACCAGAUCGAUGCGUUCCAGAAAUUGAUCUUUUCGCAUUUCCAAUCGGGAACGAACAACGAGUGUCGGAUCUCUGCAUUGGUGCCACUGGUACAGGAGAGCUACGGCAUCUAUAAAUUUAUCACGAGCAUGUUGAGAGCCAUGCAUACAACCACGGGAGAUGCCGAGGCACUGGAGCCUCUUCGUGGUCGCUACGAUGCUCAGCACUACCGACUUGUUCGGUUCUACUACGAGUGCUCAAACUUGCGCUACCUAACCAGCCUUAUCACCAUCCCCAAGUUGCCCCAGAACCCACCUAACCUGCUUGCUGAUGAUGAUGAACGUCCCGCUUUGCCCAAACGGCCGACGAAGGAGGUGGAGCACGAGCCAUCUCCGCCGCCAAAGUCGGGGCCCGCUGAUCCCGAGCCCAUCAAUGACUUCUGGACUACCGAAGCCAAGCGCCAGCAGGAGGAAUUCGAAGCGGAGCAGCAACGUCUGCAGCAGCAAUGGGAGGAACAGCAGCGACAGCAGAUCCUUGCACAGCAACAAGCUCAGCGCGAUUUCGAGGAACAGCAACGUCUUCAGGCGGAGCAACAGCGACUUGCGCAAGAACAACUCUUACGCGACCAGUACCAGACACAGACCCAAGGUCGGCUAGCCGAGCUCGAGCAGGAGAAUCUGACCGCGCGGGCCCAGUAUGAGCGGGACCAGUUGAUGUUGCAACAGUACGACCGCCGCGUGAAGGACCUCGAAGAGCAGCUCAACCAAUUGACCUCGAACGUGAACAUGCAGAAUGCUUCGAGAGACGAACAGAUUCGGUCUCUCCAGGAGCAAGUCAACACAUGGCGGUCCAAAUACGAGGCGCUAGCUAAGCUCUACUCCCAGCUCCGACAGGAGCACCUGGACCUUUUGCAGACAACCAAGAGUCUCAAACUCAAGGCAGCAUCGGCGCAGGAGGCGAUCGAUCGGCGCGAGAAGCUUGAACGAGAACUCAAGACGAAGAACCUCGAACUGGCAGAUAUGAUUCGGGAAAGGGACCGUGCCCUGCACGAUCGGGAUCGUUUGACUGGAAAUAACAAGGAGGAGUUGGAGAAGGUCAAGCGAGAGCUGCGCCUUGCAAUCGAGCGGGCAGAGAAUGCCGAACGACAAAAGGGUACCGAAAUCUCCACCCUGUUGUCAAAAUACAACCGUGAGAUGGCCGAUUUGGAAGAAGCCCUUCGGAAUAAGAACCGUGCUCUCGAGGAAGCCUCUUCUCGGAAUACGGACCGCCAGGGCGGCCAUGACGCCCUGCUCCGUGAAAAAGAUGAGGAGAUCGAGGUUUACAAGUCCGGGAUGGAACAGGCCCUGAUGGAGUUGGAGGAACUGAAAUUGAACCAAGGUGAUGUCGACAACGCGCUGGAUUCCCAGAUCGACACCGUUUUGCUUAGCACCGUGGCCAAGAUCAACGACAUUAUCGACUCUGUGCUCCAGGCUGGUGUACAGCGGGUGGACGAUGCUCUGUAUGAGCUCGACUCCAGCAUGCAGGCUGGUAACCAGAACGCGUCCCCACCAUAUGUACUGUCGCAAAUCGAAAAGGCAUCGGCAUCCGCGACCGAGUUCUCCACGGCUUUCAACAACUUCAUCGCCGACGGCCCGAAUAGCACCCACGCUGAGAUCAUUCGGACAGUUUCCAUCUUUUCCGGCUCAGUUGCCGAUGUCCUUAGUAAUACCAAAGGACUGAUGCGGUUUGCUAACGAUGACAGAAGUGCCGACCAGUUGAUCAACGCUGCGCGAAAGUCCGCACAGGCCACGGUACGGUUCUUCCGGGGCCUCCAAUCUUUCCGGCUCGAGGGCUUGGAAGCUGAUCACAAGACCGACGUGGUCAUCAACAAUAAUCUCGAGGUGCAGCGGGACCUGCAGGCGCUGUCCAAAUUGGUCGAAACCUUUGCGCCCAAGAGCAGCAAGAUUAGCACUAAUGGCGAUUUGGGCGACCUGGUGGAUCAGGAACUAACCAAAGCAGCCGACGCCAUUGACGCCGCCGCUGCCCGAUUGGCCAAACUCAAGAAAAAGCCCCGUGAUGGAUUCUCCACAUAUGAGCUACGUAUCAACGAUGUGAUUGUGGAGGCCGCUAUCGCAGUGACUAACGCCAUUGCGGAACUGAUUAAAGCCGCCACCGAGUCGCAGCAGGAAAUAGUUCGCGAAGGCCGUGGUAGUUCGUCAAGAACUGCGUUCUACAAGAAAAACAACCGCUGGACAGAGGGCCUGAUCUCGGCCGCCAAGGCUGUCGCCAACUCCACCAACACGCUUAUCGAGACUGCUGACGGUGUCAUUUCCGGCCGCAACUCUCCGGAACAGCUGAUUGUGGCCAGUAACGAUGUGGCCGCCAGUACGGCCCAGCUUGUGGCCGCCAGUCGUGUCAAAGCGUCCUUCAUGAGCAAGACCCAAGAUCGUUUGGAGGCCGCCAGUAAGGCUGUCGGCGCCGCCUGUCGGGCACUCGUCCGGCAGGUACAGGAGAUUAUUGCCGAGCGCAACCAGGACGAUUCGGAGAAGGUCGACUACACUAAGCUUAGCUCGCACGAGUUCAAGGUGCGGGAGAUGGAGCAACAGGUCGAAAUCCUCCAACUAGAAAACAGCCUGGCUCAGGCGCGGCAACGCCUGGGCGAGAUGCGCAAGAUCUCGUACCAGGAGGACUGAGUUCCGCGCGAUGUGUCCCGCGUGGGACAGGUGUCAACAGUGGAUAUGGAGGAGGUGUUCGUGGGAUCAUGUAUGCGUGGGUAGAGCAGAUGAAGCUUAUCCUUUGAGUGGUAGGACAUUGACUCAGUGCACGGCUCCUUUACUUCGUUUCUUUCUUUCUCUUCCCCCUGUGUCUUAAUCUUCGUGACUAUCUUCUAUGGUUGGCAUCUCCCUCCUACCUAUUUGGAAUAUACUAGUAGAAACAACACACGAUCCCUCCCCACGAGAAAGGCGUAAAAGAAGAAAAAGAAC